UUAUUUAUUCUGCUGGGACUUAGGUGGGGGGCUUGGCUGGCGGAGGAGGGGGUCUCCCCGAGCUCUACCUCCCGCGGCUGGGGUUACCCUCCGAGCCGCGGCCGCCGCGGCGUGCGCCUGGGGCCUCCAAAACUGUUUCCAAACUGCCAAAACCGGAGGUCCGUGAGUGGCGGCGGCCAAUCAGCGCGCGGCUUCCAUUUUAGCAGUAAACAGUCCUCAGCGAAGCCGCCUUUUGCCAACCCAACCCUGGAAAAUUUGCAGAAGUGGAAGGAGCAGAAAAUGCCAUGAGAGUGUAACUUUAAAAAGGAUCAUGACCGGAGAAGGGGCCCGGUACCCCCAGAGUGGACCGUUCUCCUUUGGACAGAAGCAGGCCUAGUUUGACAGUCCUCCCACUAAGGAAUUCCUGGUGAAUAGAAGAAUGGCGUGGGUCCUCGGAACAUUUUGCAGGGCCAGACCACGUGGGCAGACAGGACCCCUAUGCCAGGAUCUUUCUUGGCACCAUCGACGACGCUACCUUCUGGGGGGAAACUGAGGGCGCCGCCGCCAGUGCUGCCUGCUCCCGGCUAUGGACAACCCUGGGGCCCCAGCCCCGACUGCCGCCCCGGGCUCGGGCAAGAAGGAGCUGAAAAUCGUGGUUGUGGGCGACGGCGGCUGCGGCAAGACUUCGCUGCUCAUGGUGUACAGCCAGGGGUCCUUCCCCGAGCACUACGCCCCAUCCGUGUUCGAGAAGUACACGGCCAGCGUGACCGUGGGCAGCAAGGAGGUGACCCUGAACUUAUACGACACCGCCGGGCAGGAAGAUUAUGACCGGCUGCGGCCCCUGUCCUACCAGAACACCCAGCUCGUGCUCAUCUGCUAUGAUGUCAUGAACCCCACCAGCUAUGACAACGUUCUCAUCAAGUGGUUCCCUGAGGUCACCCACUUCUGCCGUGGGAUCCCUAUGGUGCUCAUCGGCUGCAAGACAGACCUGAGGAAGGACAAGGAGCAGCUGCGCAAGCUCCGGGCGGCCCAGCUGGAGCCCAUCACCUACACACAGGGCCAGAGCGCCUGCGAGCAGAUCCAAGCUGCCCUCUACCUGGAAUGUUCUGCCAAGUUUCGGGAGAACGUGGAGGACGUCUUCCGAGAGGCCGCCAAGGUUGCCCUCAGUGCUCUGAAGAAAGCACAGCGGCAGAAACAACACCGCCUGUGCCUGCUGCUUUGACACCUCCCGGCGGGGCCCACAGCCCUCACGAUAGAACUGACAGGACCCAGGUACCCAGCUCCAGACUACUCCCCGGAUCCUACCCCCUCUCCAGCUCUCGAAGGGCACUUGGAGUCGGGCGUCUCCAGGGCCUGGUGUCUGGAGCCUGUGGCUUGGAACAUUCUGGAACUCUCUCCUUUCCCAGCUGGGGCUCUGACCACGAACUCCCCUCCAGCCUGCGUGGUGGUGGUGGGCGAGGGUGCUGGACUCAGUCCCUCUGUACCCUGGAACUAGCAUUUGUCCCCAGGACUCAGGAGUGCCCUCAUCACUACCAACCCCCAGCUGUGUGUCCCCCUCUGCACACCCAAUAGGUCCUCAAAGCCUGUGCUUGAGAUGAGAAAUGACGUCUGCUAUGAGGAUAAAUGUGGACUUGGCAGCGUUCCACACAGCCCCCAAGCCUGGUCUCCCAAGUCACCCGGCUCCCUGCUCUCCUGAGAUAGGCCUGGCUGCAUCCUCCAGCUUCUUGCUUCCUCCCCGCAGGGACUCAGGCACGGGGAUGGGACCGAGGCCUAUCAGGAGAACACAGGCCCCAGCCCCCUCCCUCCUCCCUUCCAAACAGAGGACUUAAGUCUCAGCCCUCGGCUUGGCCGCCAUCUUUCCAGAGCUGGACGCACAUGAGGCAGAGAAGAACCUCUCUCAAAAAGCAAAAAGUAUUCUCUGGCCGAUCCAUGUGACCCUCGCUCAGCGUCUCCUCACCUGCAACCCUUCCGCUCGCCACGACUUGCCAGAAACCCGAGAUGAAAAGUGACAUCAGCUCCGAGUGAUCUUGGGCAAGUCAGGUCUCUCUACAGACUGUCUGCAGAAGGACAGCACCGGCUCAUUUAAAUAGGCAUCGAGCUCCCGUCUCUCACAGCCUCCAGUUCUGCCAAGAUGUGGAGAUCUGGAACCAAGAUGGCCUCCUGCGAGAACAGACUUGAUUAACCCCCAGUGCAGAUUCACUGAACCUCCUAGAAGGUCUGGGGUCAGGGGCCCAAGAGUUUUUAAACAAGUGCCCCAGGUGCUUCUGAUGCCCCAGAGACUGAGAGCUGGUGGUUCCUGAGUAAGCCCAGGAAUCAGCGUCACCUAAGAUGAGAUAAUGGCCUCAGGUGGCUCCUGCCAUCCCGGGUAUCUCCUGCCUCAGCCCCUCCCUUGCCCAGUGCUUCAGCCCCCACUAGGCCUGAGAAAGAGACUUCUGAAGUCUACCCCACCCCACCUAGGUUCCCCAAGGCCCUGCCACGCCCUGGGGAAUCAAGAGAGCAUUCGGUCCAAGGCUUCGUGGUCUAGGACAGAGGUCCACAAACCACAGUCUGUGGGCCAAAUCUUUAUUUUUGUAAAUAAAGUUUUACUGAAAAACA